UCGAAUUUUGAUUAUCCAGCUCGAGCUCGAGCUCGACUCGAUUAAAAAUAAUCCAGCUCGAGCUCGGCUCGACAGAGCUCGAUAAAUGGUCAUUAACACAGCUUGUCAAGCUGAGUACAAGCUCGGCUCAAGAUAAGCUCGAUUUGAAACCAUUCUUGCUGAAAAAUGUGUACAAAUAAGAACAUUAGAAAUUAAAAAUAAUAAAAAGAACACUAGAAACUAAAAAUAACAUGUAACUUCCAUACACAUCCUUAUUAAAAAGAUAAUUUUCAUGUUCAGAAGAGUAAUUAAUCCUUCCACAAGCUUUAAACAAGCCAGCUCACGAGCUUAGCUCAACAAGCCACCGAGUCAAGCUAGCUCACGAGCUUAUCAAGCCGAGCAUGGCCUAGCUCAAGCUUGGCUCGUUUACUAACGAGUCGGCUCGCGAGCUGGCUUGUUAAACAACGAGUCGAGUGUCGAACGAGUUUUUUCCGAUUCGAACGCCGAGUUGCUCGCGAGCAGCUUGGCUCAUUUGCAGCCCUACUCCCAACCCUAUAACAGUUUCCAUCGAAGUUGAAGGUUUUUGUUUGGCAAAUUCUUAAUCGGGCUCUUCCGACUACGGAGGCGCUUAUUGAGAAAAAGGUCCAGGUGCUAACUCGGUGUCCAGUUUGUUGGGAUGGCCUGGAGACAAUGGAACACCUGUUCCUUUAUUGUCCGGUUGCACGGGCUCUCUGGGAUUAUUCUGGGCUGGAAUACUUGGGGGAAGGUUUGUCUCGGCAUACUUUUCCUUUGUUUCUCAAACGUCUGUUGGCGUUGCUUCAUCAACAGUCAGUGGUUAUGGCUGUUGUUGCCAUCCUUUGGAGGAUCUGGCGAUCUCGGAAUUGGGCAGUCUUUGAAGGCAAAUAAUUUGGGAUCCCGAUGCUCAUGCGACAAUUUAACCAACAAUAUGAGGAAUGGGUGGGUCUAUCAGCGGACCAGGCUCCUAGGGUGCAAAUCCCGAUGAUGCAAUCUACAGCACAAGUGGGCGAUUCCCAUUUGGUUUGCAUGUGGGACGGGGCUACUAAGGGUGGGUCGCAUUCGGCUGGUGGGAUGGUUCUUUUUGCCCAGCGCGGACACUCCUUCUGGCUAGAGGGGUCCAGUUUUCUCAAAUGGAUGAUCCUGUAGUGGUGGAGUUGCUUGUGCUCAGGGAAGCUAUUAUUUGGUGUGUGGAGCAAGGCUUGUCGGUGGUCCGAUUUGAGGGCGAUGCGAAGGUGAUUAUUGACAAAAUUAAUCAAGCCGACACAAGAGAUAGCCGGUUGGGUGCUGUUCUGGAAGAGAUUGGUAUGUAUUUUCGUACUCAGCCUGGCUUUAGUGUGCGUUUUGUAGGUCGGGAGAACAAUAGGGUAGCUCAUUUGGUAGCUAGGAAUGCCCUCUCUUUGUACCCGACUAUGAGUCGCUUCUUUGAUUUCCAGACCUGGCUGGUUUCCAGGGUGUAACUGUCUAUUUUUUUCGAUCAAUACAUGAUAUCUUAUAACAAAAAUAAAAGUUUCCAUCGAAGCCACGUCUGCGAUCCCGGCGUCGGCUUCCCGUUGCUUCCCGUAUGCAAUCCCGCUGCCGGCGUCCCGUCGUCACGUCGCCAUCUCGCCGUCGAUGUCAUUUCCCCUUGCCAUCACGCCGUCGAUUCCAUCGAUUCCUCCCGUCGUCAAGUCUCCAUAACGCCGUCGAUUCCUCUCGCCGUCGCGCUGUUGAUUCCUCUCAUCGGCCUCCCGUCCUCACGAUGCCAUCUCGUCGGUUCCAGUAAGCAACCUGGCCGCCGGCGUCUCGACGACAAAGUGGACUAUGUACCCGGCAUAUGGAAUCGUCGAAAGCUUUUUGUGUUUAUUUCAUUUGGUUAUUAUAUAUUAGCUUAUGUUGGUAUUAAAGUGUUCCAUUGAAAAUGUUAAUAACGUAAGGGAAAAUGAUAAUAACGUAGGUGGAAACAUAGAUAAUCCAUUAUGCUGCAAUUUGUAGAUUCGUGGUGUGUUAAUAAUUAAAUGGAAUAUAAUUAAUAAUAACUUUAUGGUUUGUUAAUAAUCGAUUAAUCAUCCAUGAAAUACCUUGGUUUGUUAAUAAUUGAAUUGGGUGAUGAUGUUACUAACUUUGUUUAUAAUGAUAAUAACGUAAGUAAAUAUGUUAAUAACGUAGGUGAAAAUAUGUUAAUAACCAUUGAAAAUAUUAAUAACGUAAGUAAAUAUGUUAAUAACGUAGGUGAAAAUAUGGAUAACGUAGUUUGUUGACAAUAUCACUUGUACAAAGCUUUAACCUCGUGGUUUAUUAAUAAUUCGAGAAGGUAUAAUUAAUAAUAACGUUAUUGUUUGUUCAUAAUUGACAAAGAAAUAAUUUUGCAUGUGGAUAAGUAUAUAGGUGAAAUGCUAAUAACGCAGGUUAAAAUGA